CGUCCGCUGGCCGGCAACACAUGGUGGGAUGGAGAGGGACGGCGCGGGGACACAUGUGUGCUGUGUUGUUUUCCCGGAAGUGCUUCUCCUCUUCUUUUUAUUCUUCACUCCACGCCGAGACGUCGCCCUACGUCGCUAGCAGAGCGUUAGCGGGCUGCUGGUGUGUUGCGCUCACAGACUGAGGCGCUCUGCUGGUUAUUUAUCGGUGUCCCGCUGCUCUGACUCUUCGCAGUUUGGUCGCCAGCGCUGAGCAGCGAGCGAGUGUGUAGGUGUGUCGCUCGGGGGUUCAGUGAGUGCUGCUCCGGGCUCGACGCGGCAGUGCUCUUCUCCUCCUCCUCCUCCUCUUCCUCUUCAUCAUCCUCUUCAGCAGCCUCUUCAAACUGCACAGAGAGACAGGUCACAUGGAGUCCACCGAGGAUGAAGGACAGCUCAGCGUGGGGGGGUCCUCAGGGGAGGAGAACUACUUCCUGGGCUACACCUUCAUCGACCGAUCCCACUCCAGCCGGGUGGUGAAGAGCAUCAUGGACUUGUGUUUGGAGGGAGGCCUGUUUGCCGACGUCACCGUCAUGGUGGACGGCAGAGAGUUCCAGCUGCACCGCCUGGUGCUGUCGGCCCAGAGCUGCUUCUUUCGCUCCAUGUUCACUUCGAAUCUGAAGGAGGCGCACAACCGCAGCAUCGAGCUCAAGGAUGUGAGCGCGCCCGUCUUCCAGCAGCUGGUGGACUACAUCUACCACGGCACCAUCAAGCUGCGGGUGGAGGACCUGCAGGACACCUAUGAAAUGGCAGACAUGUACCAGCUGACUGCGCUCUUUGAGGAGUGCUCCCGUUUCCUCUCACGCACCACGGAAGUCAAGAACUGCUUGCAGGUGAUGUGGCUGGCAGACAGACACAGCGACCAGGAGCUGUACACAGCCGCCAAGCACUGCGCCAAGAUUCACCUGCUUCAGCUGCACCAGACGGAGGAGUUCCUCAACCUGCCGCUGCGGCUGCUCAUGGACAUCAUCAAAGAUGGUGUUCCAACUACCCAGAAUCCCACUGCAGCCAUUGACUCCUGGAUAAACCAUGACAGGGUGGAGAGGCAGGAGUUCUCUAAUAUGCUCAUGGACAGCUUGAAGGAGAUUGGCGAGAAUGUGCACAUUUACUUGAUUGGCAAGGAGGAGACGCGCACCCAUUCUCUGGCUGUGUCCCUGCACUGUGACGAGGACGAUGCCAUCAGCGUGAGUGGCCAGAACAGCCUGUGCCACCAGAUCACGGCCGCAUGCAAACACGGCAGUGACCUGUAUGUGGUGGGCGGCUCCAUCCCCCGCCGCAUGUGGAAAUGCAACAUGCACACCAUGGACUGGGAGCGCUGUGCCCCGCUUCCCCGAGACCGCCUCCAGCACACGCUGGUCUCGGUGCCCAGCGAGGACGCCAUUUACUCCUUAGGUGGCAAGACCCUCCAGGACACGCUGUCAAACGCCGUCAUCUACUACACUGUGCAGGACAACAUGUGGACUGAAACCAGCCAGCUGGACACAGCAGUGUCAGGGGCGGCAGGGGUCAACCUGGGAGGCACCAUCUAUCUGCUUGGUGGUGAAGAGAACGACAUGGACUUCUUCACGAAGCCCUCGCGGCUCAUCCAGUGCUUCGACACUGCGACGCAGAAGUGCCGGGUCAAGCCGUAUGUGCUGCCCUUCGCCGGCUGCAUGCAUGCCACUGCCCACAAGGACCUCAUCUUUGUGGUGGCUGAGGGUGACUCCUUAGUGUGCUAUAACCCGCAGCUGGACAGCUUCACACGCCUGCGCUUCCCCGAAGUGUGGAGCUGCGUGCCCUCCCUCUGGAAGGUCGCGAGCUGCAAUGGCUGCAUCUAUGUGUUUCGAGACAAGUGCAAAAAGGGCGACGCCAAUACGCUCAAGCUAAACCCUGCGACAUCCGUGGUUUCUGUCAUUAAGGGUAUCAAGAUCCUCCUGACGAACUGGCAGUUUGUUCUGGCCUGAUGGACCACCGUGUGCUGCUGUACCCAUAGCCACCUCACCGGCUGAGAGCUCGCUCGUCAAGAGGUUUGUUGACCAUAUUACCCGAUGUGGUCAGGUUUUGGGAAGGUCAGUCUGUAUAGCAGGAAUAGUGCUGUUUAGGGUUCAAGGAAUAUACCAACAAACGUUGCUUUUUUUGCUGUUUGAUUCUGUUGAGUUGCAUGAUUUGUACUGGUUAUGGAAUAUUUGUUUGCAUAUUCCUAUAUUGUUUAGUUCAUUUUCUCCUAAUAUUACAUUUAUAGAAAUGCUUUACGGCCAGUUUGUGCGGGGCCUCUAAUCCAGCUGCACAAGCAGAUUGAGUAGAGUGGCAUCAUGCUCUUACUAGAUUGAGAUGCAUUCCAGCAAAAUUACACAAAGGUUGCAGAUGUAUUCGCUGCAGGAGAACAUGACUUAUUUAAGCAUUUGUCCUCAUAAAGGUGGCAUGUUUUCCACAUCGUGUGUGAAUUGGGGACUUGUGAAUUGGAGGGGUACGAAGCUCACCCGCAACACUCAAGUACAGGAAAAAUUCAAUUUACCUCAUGUUCAUUUAAGAACUUUAUGAUAAAGAAUUCAUCUGAAAGGUCUGUAAAAAUUCUGCAGCAGUCCUGUUGCUACCCUUAUUUCCACCAUCAAUGUAUAUUAAUAUGGAAAUAUUCUCAAUUCACCUAUAACUAUUUUUCAAAAAUCAUUUAGUGCUGUUGAUUUAGAUAAUUAUAAUAUGUUGUGUGCAGCAAACUUGUGCCUUGUCCUACUUGUUUAUAAUCUUUAGAUACAAAGUGAUAAUCCCAGAUCUUGUAUUGCCCAUGUUUAGGAUCGAGAUGUAUGGCCCAUUUAACAUACAGUAUGUCUAAGUGAUGUCACCAGCAAUGUUUUUCUUAAACCGCAGUGGAGUCAGUACAAAAUGAAAUGCAGCCACACAACACUUUACAGCUAUAUUAAAAAAAGGAUACCACUACAGCGCACUAAGGGUACGCAUAAAUAGUCUUGAACAAAAGAAGCUGUGCAGACUUUGACAGCUGUUUGUCAAAACUGUAUACUGUCAAGUGGUGUGUUCAAGGUUGUAUUUAAUAUAUAGAAGGAUGUUUUGUGAUAAAACAUUUGGAAAAUGUCUUAAAUUAUUUUCCUCUAGUAAGGAAUGCUGAGUAUAUGUGUAUUGUCUAUGAGGAUUGCUCAGUUGGUCCUGAAAGAAAAGAAACAGUGCAGUGAGCUUCUUGCUUUGAGAGGACCGACUUCAGGUCUAUCAGAUGAGACAUCCCAUUUUAUGUGGACUGCAACCCUUCUUUGAGAAUUCUCCAUUCUUCUGUUGAACUGUCAGUCUUCAGUGAAGCAGUCAACAAAAGAAUAUGAAAAAUAAGUUAAAGGGUAUAUUUAAAAAGUGGAAAUACUUUGUUUGGAUGUUCAUUACAUACAUUAAUAUUUUCGUGAAGCUGGGUUUGAAACCGUGAUAGAUUCUUAGCCAUAGAGAGAAUUACAAGUUUGAAAACCCUAAUGUAAAUAAAAUCCAUAAAAUAAAGUUACUGACUUCAUUCAAAUGAUGAACAAAAGGUAACAUAUCAGAUAUGCACCGAAAAUAGUGGUCUGAAAUUGUUUAAACCCUUGAAAAUAUGAUCUCCGCCAGCUCAUCCAGUUUGGGAUCCGAAACGUAAAACACAUCCAUACAAAUCCCAGCCAAACUUAGACUGGUUGUGAUGAAAAUCAGAAUACAAUCUCUUGUGAGGACCAGUGUUCAGGAGACUUGUAUUAAAGCAUAACCAUUGUGGAGUUUGCUGGCUAUUAAUUACAUGCCCUCUAACGGGUAGCAUGCAACAUACAAAUUAAGAACAUGGAUCUGUAACCAUAAAGUUGCCAGUUCAGGUUUUACUCUUCAUUAAGGUAUAUUUAGCCUGAAUUGCUACACUGAAAUGCCCAGCUGUACAAAUGGAUGAAGCAAGUUGCUCAGGAAUUGUCACUAAGGAAAAUAUUAAUAUAAUAAUCUUUAUCUGGUAUCAGUAACACCAGUUGUUACUUAAGCCCCAGGCCUACUGUGAAUACUGGUUUUUCUAGCAAGCAUUUAUUAGCUGCUAUUUCACUUUUUACAAAGUUCAAAGCCUGUCACAAAAAGUAUUGUUUGCAUUUAGAGACAAAGAACAUUCCCAGAUCUCAAAUGAUAUGCAUUUGUACCACACUUUGUAACAGAAAAACUGGUCUUAGGUAAAUGCACCUUAUGAUCAGUACAUACUUUUCUAGACUUUAAGAGGAUUCAGAUUGUGAACUUAGACCUAAAUUCAGUUAAUAGUUCACCUUUGCUGUUUUUUUAAUUCUGUAUCAGAAUCUGUGGCUUUACUUAGUUUUGGCAGCAGUUGGACAGUUGACCGUAUGACCAGAUGACACUGUGCUGGCUGAAGAACAACAAGAUCAGCAAAGGUCAGACAAGAAAAUGGAUGGUUUAACUGAAUAUGAGGAAGUAUGAAAUUGUUUUGUUCUAGCAACAGCUGUUGAAUACAUACUACAAUACAUUUCUGUAUAACGUGCGCAGCAUACUUUAGGAAGGAAGGCGUAAUCAUGGCAGGUAAAGUAAGAUUAGCCAUAAAUGUAAAAAGUAUAGAAGUUUGUUCUAAUCAUCUCUCCUGUUGUUCCUGUCAUUGUAUAUAUCUUAUAUGUUCUAUAGAAUGUGUCCCCUGAACGUGUGCUUGGAAUUCUACGCAG